GCAAGAAAAAGUCUGAAGUUAAGUUUUAACGACGCUUAAAGUCCAAAAGUUCUCAAAAGAUAUUUUCUAAAAUUCUGAAGAAUAUUAAAUUUACUUCAGAAAUAUAGUAAUCACAAAUCCAUUUCAGCCGACGGCCAUGAUUCGCGGGAAGCCGGUCAUUAAACAGAAAUGUCGCAUACAAACAAUUAGGAUUUUAUGAGAUUAAUCACAAUAAAAAACGGCCAAAGAAACCCUGAUUCUUAUAUCAUUUCAUAUGCAGUUGAUUAAACAUUCACGUUCAUUAACUGCAGAGAUUAGUUUUCUGACAUUUGCAUUUCACCAUACAACAUCUAGUUACACGUGUUGAUCACACACCUAUAAAGAAAUACAAGAAAAAGCCACCUGAAUUCCAAACGACUGUAUCACCCAAAGUCCUAAGACAAACGACGAAAAAAAAACAUAAUUUGCUUACAAAUCCCAUCUGUCUUUACGACGCAGCCAUAAAAUGCAAGCAUAAAACAUGUUAUCGAAGAACACAAAAACUCAUUACAAAGGGAAAACACAAACUCGGAAUAAAAAUUUAAGAUGAAACCAAAAUGAUUAAACACAUUAGUGAAGACUUAAUUAAAAGAGUUUUUAUUUCAAUAGUCGUGAACAAUGUGGUCGCUGCGGCAACCUCAGAAAUAACUGUGGAUGAAGAUGGAAUGUACAGAACCAAAGAUGACUCCAUUACCAUUUACAGUGACAACCCGAUGUACUCAUUACAACAAGGAAUCCUACGAACGAAAGAGGAAAUUGAAAACGAUGAAGAUAUAAAAACUCUUUUAGAAGAGAAAUAUAAGUUUAAGAACGAUGAAACCUCAACGAGGUAUAAGAUUGCACGUGAAGAGAGGACUGGAUUCCCAGGUAGCAACACCACGCCUGUUUCAAUAGGAGACAGAAGGUCUCAACCAGUAUUCCCUGAGAAUCAUGACGAGCGUCACAUAGCUUGGGCGUUCCGGUCGUAUGCGGUGCGUCGCAUCGUGGGAGGCAUGGAGACCAGCAUCAGCAUGUACCCAUACAACGUGGCGAUCUCGAGGAACGCGAAGCACUGGUGCGGCGGAUCUAUCAUCGACGAGCAGUGGGUGCUCACCGCUGGACAUUGUCUUGAGUCAGCUUUCGAUGGGGACAAAAGAAAACUGCAACCGUUUAUCAUUAGGGCAGGAAGCUCUUUUCAUAACCGAGGAGGUUAUCAGGCUAGAGUCAAUAAGGUUUUCUUCCCUCACGAGUACGUCCCUGGAAACGCGGACUUCGACUACUCGUUGAUCCGGCUCGAUCGGCCGAUGCCCAUCGGUCGGAACAUCGCAGUACUCAACCUGCCUUCCAAGGAUUAUCUCAUGAAGGAGAAUGAUAUCCUCAUUGUUACUGGAUGGGGAAGUACUGAUGAGUCAGGCUACGGUCAUAUCCCGGACCGGGUGCGGUUCGUACCGGUGCCGGUGAUGCGGCUCGAAGACUGCCAGAAGUCGUACCGGUUCUACAUCACUCCUCGGAUGUUGUGCGCCGGGUACGCCACCGGGGGAAAGGAUGCUUGUAAUCAUGACUCCGGUGGCCCGGCCGUCCGAGACGGGGUGCUUCUCGGCAUCGUCUCGUUUGGGGGCAAGCAGUGUGGCGACCCCCGCUCCCCCGGAGUCUACAGCCGAGUGUCCGAGAUCACAGAAUGGGUGGAAGACACGAUAACCAACAACGAGGCCCAUACAGUUCCAGAACUAUUGCCAAAGAUACAGAAGGCGAGGCAAAGAGAGAAGGAGCUACAGAAGUUCAAAGCAAGAGUCGAAGACAAGAAGAAUAAAAUCAAAACGUGGCUGCGGGAGACAUUAAAAUCUCCAACGUUCAUAGAACUAGCGAAAAAGAAACUCAAGGAAGCUGGCUUCCACACGCGGCGAACUAACGAUUAUAACGCUUUGAACGUGAGUAACAUUGAUGAUAAAACAAUUGAUGAAAUAAACCUAACGAAUAUGAUUAACGAUAGGAUUAUAGAAGACGGUGACGGCACUGAAUCUGAUAAGCUACUGAGGACUCUAGCUCUCCACGAGGUCAUGCUAAACGAUCACAGUUCUGAAAUGUUUCCCCAUAGGACGCCGGAAGACGGGAGCGACAGUGUCGAAAGUUUCAUAGCUUACAUUAGUGGAACUUAAUAAAUAUUUUAUAAUGGUUUUAUUUUAUUUUGUGUAACCUGUAAUAAAGUUAUAUUUGUAUGUUGUUUUUUAAAAUUUGCACUACACUCAAUGGAAUAUUUCAGCAAGAAAUCCAGACAAAAGGAUAAAAUUAACAGCGGUAGUCGUUUUUAAAGAACAUGGAAGAAAAGUGUGGGAGUGAGAUGGCGUUCUACAAGGCCCAGAGCACGUUAUCGAAGACCAACUUCUAUCAUUCUUCUACCGUCAUCUUCAUUUGUUUAGCUACCUAAAAGGGUAAUCAAUCUUGGAGCGCACCUUUUUAUAGUCUAAAAAUAAAAUGUAUAAAGAUUACCAAGCCAACUAUACCACUGAAACAUAUCAGUUGUUUAAUCAUUUAAUAAGUAUUAAUAUAAAAGACAACCAAGAUUGUUUCCCUUUUUAAAAACCUAAAGAGUACAGAUGAGAUUUUAGUUGGUGUUCGAUAACGACACACAUAAUAACAUUUCUACUUAAGACAUUAACAGAAAUACUUUUCAGCAGAUACCACAUAACUCAUUAGAUUUAAU